AUGAAUGAUGAUGAUUCGGAUGAUGAUGAUGAUGAUGAUGAUGAUGAUGAUGAUUCGGAUGAUGAUGAUGAUGAUGAUGAUGAUGAUGAUGAUGAUGAUGAUGAUGAUGAUUCGGAUGAUGAUGAUGAUGAUGAUGAUUCGGAUGAUGAUGAUGAUGAUGAUGAUGAUGAUGAUGAUGAUGAUGAUGAUGAUGAUGAUGAUGAUGAUGAUGAUGAUGAUGAUGAUGAUGAUUCGGAUGAUGAUGAUGAUGAUGAUGAUGAUGAUGAUGAUGAUGAUGAUGAUGAUGAUGAUGAUGAUGAUGAUGAUGAUGAUGAUGAUGAUGAUGAUGAUGAUGAUGAUGAUGAUGAUGAUGAUGAUGAUGAUUGA